ACAGAAAGGGAGCUGAAAUCUGGGGGUGCAAACACACCUGUGACAGAAAAGAACAAGAAGGAGUACAUUGAGAGAAUGGUAAAGUGGCGAGUCGAACGAGGUGUGGUUCAGCAAACAGAGGCACUGGUCCGUGGCUUCUACGAAGUUGUAGACUCCAGGCUUGUCUCCGUUUUUGAUGCCAGAGAGCUAGAGUUGGUUAUUGCUGGCACUGCAGAAAUAGACCUCAAUGACUGGCGCAACAACACAGAAUAUCGUGGAGGUUACCAUGAUGGACACAUUGUAAUACGAUGGUUCUGGGCAGCAGUGGAGCGAUUUAACAAUGAACAGCGACUCCGGUUACUGCAGUUUGUCACUGGAACAUCUAGCGUGCCAUAUGAGGGCUUCGCUGCCCUUCGAGGGAGCAAUGGGCUACGGCGCUUCUGUAUAGAGAAGUGGGGGAAAAUAACAUCCCUUCCAAGGGCGCACACAUGUUUCAACCGCUUGGAUCUUCCACCCUACCCAUCUUACUCUAUGCUGUAUGAAAAGCUCUUGACAGCUGUUGAAGAAACUAGCACGUUUGGACUUGAGUGAGGGAAUUUAGGCACAUCUGGUGUUUUCCUAGCUGAUGUCACCUUCCUUCUCCACCAUCAUAUGGUCUUGAUUUCCCAUGAUUUUUAUUUUUGAAAACCAAAAUCAAGAUUGACAAAAGCUGUGCAUGAAGAACUGCCUCCCUCUCAGAUCUAACCUUCAUGCUUUCAUCCUCAGUUUCAAAUGGACUGCUAGCCUGUAUGCAAUAGAAAACAACUGUCUCAAGGUUUCUGUAUAUCUCCACAUACCUCCAUUAUUAACAAUGAAAAUACGAAUGCAAGUUAUGCUACACUUGACCAAAUGUUAAUAAAUGUUUACUUUCAUCUACAUUGAUUAAAAAAUUUAAAAAAAACCCUCAUCAAGCAUUCCAAGCUUUUAUAUGCCCAUAUCUUCUAAACAAAGCCACAGUCAUCUUACUUUCUAGCAGUUGAAUCCAGUACUGGGGAGCUGGUCAAUUUUUUUUUCAUCCAUCCUUGGUUUUUCCUGUACAUAUAGUCCAUCCGAAAGACACCUCUGAGCAAAACUGAAAUUUUUAUACAUGAACUCAUGAUCCACAUCAACUGCAUCAGCUGGAACUGCUCCAGUCAGAUGGUGCAGAUAAGACACUCAAAAACAAAAACCUGUAAAGCAAUGCAAAGUAUUCCAGCAAUUGCUAUGAUUGUUACUUGCCAGUACAAGAAAGAACUUGCACUUCAGAGAUAUUGGGAGGGGCAUCUCUAUCGUAAUGUUUACCAUACCAGAAGCACAAAUUUGUGCACACUCUAAAAGGAUGUCUCACUAUGUAGCAUAAAGGACAAGGUUCCCUUAUCUAAAUAUUGUACAUGACAAGGAGAAGGGAAGUAAGAAGAAUGUUCUAAUCUUAUUAAUAUCUUUGGGUUCUGUUUACUGAUUAUUUGUUAUCUGAUGUUUAAAACCCUCCCUCACAAAUGAAAAAUCUAGACAAUCCCAUCACCUAUUGUCAGAAGCCAUUUAUUUCUCAUUGAGCAGGGUUAACAUAUGUUUGCUUAUAUAUUUGUUUUUUCCUUUUCUUUUUUCCUUUUGUUUUUGAAUGCAAACCUCCAUAAACUCAGAACUGGAUAUGCACAGAAGGGUUUUGCCAAGAUUCCAUUAAAAGCGAAGCUGCAGAGAAUGAUGGUGGUUGUCAGGAAUAAAGGAGAUUGUAUCUCACUUUUGGUUAUAUAUUUGUAACAGUUCCUCUCGGAGUGAAGCCAUUGGUCCUGUUAUGUCACGUCCAGCCCAUUAAAGACCUGACUCUUUUUUGGGACCCAGUUCAAACAUCUUGGUCAUUAGUUUUGUGGGCUUCGUCAUUCAGCUGCAAAGGCAAGGCAUAAGACAGCAGGCUUGUCUUCGACAGUAAUUCUGGGCUUUCGUAUCAACCUCACAACAAUGAUUGUGUCCUACUUUUAACCCUUGCUGCCCUUGUUUUCCAAAACUAAUCAUGGAUUGAAAGUGUUUGUCUUGACUGGGAAAAGGAAAGUGGCUCUUUAUUUUGUAUCACACUACCAGCUUAAUAUCUGCGAGCAGCUCACAUGGAAUAGCUGGUAGUCAAAUACCAUAUCUUUUUGUGUGUCUUUUAUUAUGCUAGUUCUUUUAUAGCUGACUGUCAGAACACUGUCAAAUCUGUAGACUAAUUCAACACCAAACACAUUCUCUUUUCAUUAACUUUCCACUUAGAGAGUGUAGUCAGGCCCAGCCUCCCCAUACAGUUUGACUGAUCAAAAUUAUAAUAAUUCCAUCAUUGUGUGCAUAACAGCAUUGUUAUUUUUUAAUGUUUUUUUCCCCUUUGAUUUUUGAAGUCAGUAUAUGUCUUAAAAGCAACAGGCAAGGGAGGCUUCUAAACAGUAAUAUUAUAUGCUGGGUUCAUAGCAUACAAGGAAGAUGUAGAGUGGUCCGUUAAUUGUUUUUCUAAUAUUUCAGUCAUUGUAGUACGUGAUUGUACAUGUUUAAUAAGUAUUUAUUUCAUAAUACCCAUUCUUGCUUAUUAUUUGUAAUAUGGUAGAACAUAUAGAGCCCAGGGCCUCUUUGUGGUAGGCACAGUAAACACAAGCCCUGUGCCAAAAACUCUCAGCCCUUACAAAUUGUUCAGGAACCCACUUCUUCAUGAGAGCAUUCAUUACAUUGGAAUGAGAGUGAGAUACAAC